AUGGUGGCAACCUCCCAACAUGCAGGCAACAUGGUGGCAACCUCCCAACAUGCAGGCAACAUGGUGGCAACCUCCCAACAUGCAGGCAACAUGGUGGCAACCUUCCAACAUGCAGGCAACAUGGUGGCAAUCUCCCAACAUGCAGGCAACAUGGUGGCAACCUCCCAACAUGCAGGCAGCAUGGUGGCAGCCUCCCAACAUGCAGGCAACAUGGUGGCAACCUCCCAACAUGCAGGCAACAUGGUGGCAACCACCCAACAUGCAGGCAACAUGGUGGCAGCCUCCCAACAUGCAGGCAACAUGGUGGCAACCUCCCAACAUGCAGGCAGGAUGGUGGCAACCUCCCAACAUGCAGGCAACAUGGUGGCAACCUCCCAACAUGCAGGCAACAUGGUGGCAACCUCCCAACAUGCAGGCAACAUGGUGGCAACCUCCCAACAUGCAGGCAACAUGGUGGCAACCUCCCAACAUGCAGGCAACAUGGUGGCAAGCUCCCAACAUGCAGGCAACAUGGUGGCAACCUCCCAACAUGCAGGCAACAUGGUGGCAAGCUCCCAACAUGCAGGCAACAUGGUGGCAACCUCCCAACAUGGUGGCAGCAUGGUGGCAACCUCCCAACAUGCAGGCAACAUGGUGGCAACCUCCCAACAUGCAGGCAACAUGGUGGCAACCUCCCAACAUGGUGGCAGCCAAGGAUUUACUCUCAGCUUAGAGAUGGAAUGA